GACGGAAAUGAAUUAUGCGCACGCGCAUUGAACAAUCUCACCAGUGUUGGUUGGUGUUGUCUGCAUGGACUACACUUGAAAAUAAAUUAAACCUUUACAUUUUCUUUCCAAAUAACGGUCCUGUGAAUUACUUUAGACUACGUGCAAGCGUACUCACCAUUUUACUCCGUGUGGAUAAUGGCGUAGUGAAAGGAGAUCGCAUAGGGUGUUAUGGCUAACGUUAGCUUGCUAAGCUAAACUUCGGUUAGGGUCCGAAGAUAUUAUCAAGCUGGCCUCAACCCGAGGCCAACUGGCCUUCCUAACUGAGUAAAAGUAGCGCAAGGAUGUCGGACUCAGACAGUGAUGAAGACCAAGACCGUCCCUUCUCUCUCACUGGCUUCCUCUUCGGGAACAUCAAUGAAGAUGGUCAGCUGGAAGGAGACAGCGUGCUGGACACUGAAUCCAAAAAGCACCUGGCUGGCCUGGGCUCCCUGGGACUGGGCAACCUCAUCACAGAGAUCACUGCUAGUGAGGAGGACGAUCUGGACGAGGAUGGAGACACAGGCUGGGUGAAGAACGAUGCCGAUGCAGUUGAUUAUUCUGACAUCAACGAGGUGGCUGAAGAUGAGACUAAGAAGUAUCGUCAGGCCAUGGGCAGCCUGCAGCCUACGAGGAGAACAGAUGAUGAGGAUGACUAUGAUGCCGAUUGUGAGGAUAUUGAUGCCAAGCUUAUGCCCCCUCCACCUCCUCCAUGUCUCCCCACGCCUGGUGGCAAGAAAGACGACUCCUCUCCCACGGCUGCAAGUGUUGGGGAUGAAGGAGACGGGAUCAUCCUGCCCUCCAUCAUUGCUCCUUCCUCUCUGGUAGACAAAGUGGACUUCAGCAGUUCCUCAGAUUCUGAAUCGGAGACAGACAGGCCAUCUGCAGGCCCUGGGUCAGGGGGUUCUCCAGCCUGCCUCAGCUUGCCCCUGGCUGGCAUCAUGCAGAAGGAUGCUGCCAAAGCCCUGCCUGGCGUCACACAGCUUUUCCCAGAGUUCAGGCCUGGAAGGGUGCUGCGGUUCCUUCGACUGUUUGGCCCUGGGAAGAACAUGCCGUCGGUGUGGCGGAGCGCACGGAGAAAGAGGAAGAGGAAGCACCGCGACCCCCAGCCAGGGACACCCCCACCAGAGGGUGCUGAGCCCAUGGAGCAGCAGGGACCAGAGAAGAAGUCUGGCUGGGACUAUGAAUACGCUCCACCUCCACCCCCAGAACAGUGCCUGUCUGACGACGAGAUCACCAUGAUGGCCCCAAUAGAGUCCAAGUUCUCCCAGACCUCUGGAGACGGGGACAAGGUGACAGAGUCCAGGCCCAAGGUGGCAGAGUGGCGCUACGGUCCGGCCCAGCUCUGGUACGACAUGAUGGGGGUCCCUGACGAUGGCAGUGGCUUCCACUAUGGCUUCAAACUGAAGGAGGAGGAGGAUGAUGAGCAGGAGAAACGGGAGAGGCCAGAACCACCGCCACCUUUACAACAUCCCAAAGAGGAGGGCAGUGGUGACGAAAAGGACAAACAGGCCCUGGAGAAUGAGCUCUUCCUGAUGGUCACCCAGCUUCAGUGGGAGGACGACAUCAUUUGGAACGGAGAGGACGUGAAACACAAGGGCACUAAGACCCAGCGAGCCAGUCUGGCAGGGUGGCUGCCUUCCAGCAUGACCCGCAACGCCAAUGCCUACAACGCACAGCAGGGUAUUCAUGAUGUCUAUCUACACUCUACAGGUCUGAGUAGGAGUAACUCUCAGCUGGUGCCUCCCACUCCUCCACCUAUGCCCAAAGCCCCUUCCAUUGGCUCUGGCUCCAAGAGGGACAAACACCACCACGACCAUCAUGCCACUCAUGAAGAGGAUGCCCCCUGGUUCUCCAUCUUCCCCAUUGACAAUGAGGAGCUGGUGUACGGGCGCUGGGAGGACAACAUCAUCUGGGAUGACCAGGCCAUGGACCGCAUGCUCUCACCCCCUGUCCUCACCCUAGACCCCAACGAUGAGAACAUCAUUUUAGAAAUCCCAGAUGAGAAGGAGUCUGAGCGUAUGUCCCACUCUCCGUCCAAGGAGAACAAGAAGGAGUCAUCACUAAAGAAGAGUCGCAUCCUGUUGGGGAAGACUGGGGUCAUAAAAGAUGAGCCUCAACAGAACAUGUCCCAGCCUGAGGUGAAGGACCCAUGGAACCUGUCCAAUGAUGAGUUCUAUUAUCCUAAGCAGCAAGGCCUGAGGGGCACCUUCGGUGGCAACAUCAUUCAGCACUCCAUCCCUGCAGUGGAGCUGAGGCAGCCGUUCUUCCCUACUCACAUGGGACCCAUGAAGCUGCGUGGGUUCCACCGGCCCUCUCUGAAGAAGUACUCAUUCGGGACGUUGUCCCAGCCAGGUCCCCACGCAGCCCAGCCCCUACUCAAACAGAUCAAGAAGAAGGCCAAGAUGCGAGAGCAGGAACGCCAGGCUUCCGGUGGAGGUGACAUGUUCUUCAUGCGGACAGCUCAGGACCUGACAGGGAAAGACGGAGACCUGAUUCUGGCAGAGUACAGCGAGGAAUACCCUCCGCUCAUCAUGCAAGUCGGCAUGGCAACCAAGAUCAAGAACUACUACAAGAGAAAACCAGGGAAGGACCCUGGAGCUCCAGACUGUAAGUACGGAGAGACCGUGUACUGCCACACCUCACCUUUCCUGGGCUCCCUGCACCCCGGACAGCUGCUGCCGGCUUUUGAGAACAACCUUUUCCGUGCCCCCAUCUACCUCCACAAGAUGCCAGAGACAGAUUUCCUGGUGCUGCGUACACGGCAGGGCUACUUCAUUAGAGAGCUGGUAGACAUCUUUGUGGUCGGCCAGCAGUGUCCCCUCUAUGAGGUCCCUGGACCCAACUCCAAACGAGCCAACACCCAUAUCAGAGACUUCUUGCAGGUGUUUAUCUAUCGGUUGUUCUGGAAGAGUAAAGAUCGUCCCAGGAGAAUCCGCAUGGAGGACAUAAAGAAGGCUUUCCCCUCACAUUCAGAAAGCAGCAUCCGCAAACGCCUAAAACUCUGUGCUGACUUUAAGCGUACAGAUAGGCGCCAGGAAAGAGAGAGGUCAGCAUAUUAUGGAUAUGGAGUUUACUGUGGAGGGAUGGACUCUAACUGGUGGGUGCUGAAGCCUGACUUCAGGCUGCCUACUGAGGAGGAGAUCAGGGCCAUGGUGUCUCCAGAGCAGUGCUGUGCCUACUACAGCAUGCUGGUGGCAGAGCAGAGACUGAAGGAUGCUGGAUAUGGUGAAAAGUCCUUCUUUGCCCCAGAGGAAGAGAAUGAGGAAGACUUCCAGAUGAAGAUUGAUGAUGAGGUCCGCACAGCCCCUUGGAACACGACGCGUGCCUUCAUCGCUGCCAUGAAGGGGAAGUGUCUGCUGGAGGUCAUGGGGGUGGCCGACCCCACAGGCUGUGGAGAGGGAUUCUCUUACGUCAAAGUACCCAACAAGCCCACUCAACAAAAGGCCCAAGACGACAGGGAACCACAACCCGCUAAGAAGACUGUGACAGGGACAGAUGCUGAUCUGAGAAGACUGUCACUCAAAAACGCCAAGCAGCUGCUGCGCAAGUUCGGUGUCCCAGAGGAGGAGAUAAAGAAGCUGUCUCGUUGGGAGGUGAUUGACGUGGUGAGGACCAUGUCCACAGAGCAGGCCCGCUCUGGUGAGGGGCCCAUGAGCAAGUUUGCCCGUGGGUCCCGCUUCUCUGUAGCCGAACACCAGGAGCGCUACAAGGAGGAGUGCCAGAGGAUCUUUGACCUGCAGAACAAAGUAUUGGAUUCCACAGAGGUCCUGUCCACAGACACAGGCAGCAGCUCAGCAGAGGACAGUGACUUUGAGGAGAUGGGGAAGAACAUUGAGAACAUGCUGCAGAACAAGAAGACCAGCUCCCAGCUGUCCAGAGAGAAGGAGGAGCAGGAGAGGAAGGAGCUGCAGAGGAUGCUGAUGGGAGAGGAGAGCGACCACAAGGGACGCAAGGGCUUCUCCAGUGCCUUGUCCACAGGCUCUCAUAAAGAUGACGACACGUCCUCGGUCACCAGCCUGAACUCGUCCGCUACGGGACGGCGCCUCAAAAUCUACCGCACCUUCAGAGACGAAGACGGCAAGGAGUAUGUCCGCUGUGAGACGGUCCGCAAACCCUCCGUCAUAGACGCCUACACCAGAAUCAGAACCACCAAGGAUGAUGAGUUCAUAAGAAAGUUUGCUGUGUUUGACGAGCAACACAGAGAGGAGAUGAGGAAGGAGCGGAGGAGGAUCCAGGAACAGCUGAGGAGGCUGAAGAGGAACCAGGAGAAGGACAGGUUCAAGGGCCCCCCGGAGAAGAAGGCCAAGAAGAUCAAGGAGAGGCCAGACCUCAAGCUGAAGUGCGGAGCUUGCGGUGCCAUCGGGCACAUGCGAACCAACAAGUUCUGCCCGCUAUACUACCAGACCAACGCCCCGCCCUCCAACCCGGUUGCCAUGACAGAGGAACAGGAGGAGGAGCUGGAGAAGACUGUCAUUCACAACGACAACGAGGAACUCAUCAAGGUGGAGGGAACCAAGAUCGUCCUCGGCAAGCAGCUUAUCGAGAGUGCUGAUGAGGUGCGCAGGAAGUCUCUGGUGCUGAAGUUCCCCAAACAGCAUCUUCCCCCCAAGAAGAAGAGACGUGUGGGGACCACUGUACACUGUGACUACCUCAAUAGGCCCCACAAAUCCAUCCACCGCCGACGCACUGACCCCAUGGUCACCCUGUCCUCAGUCCUGGAGAGCGUCAUCAACGACAUGCGGGAUCACCCUAAUACAUACCCCUUCCACACGCCGGUCAAUGCCAAGGUGGUGAAGGACUACUAUAAGGUCAUCCCUCGUCCCAUGGAUCUGCAGACGCUACGGGAGAAUGUGCGCAAGCGUGUGUACCCCUCCCGGGAGGAGUUCAGAGAGAACGUGGAGCUCAUCAUCAAGAACAGCGCCACAUACAAUGGUGCCAAACAUCCAAUAACCCAGGUGGCGCAGACAAUGCUGGACCUUUGUGAUGUGAAACUGAAAGAGAAGGAAGACAGGCUGGUGAGACUGGAGAAAGCUAUCAACCCCCUGCUGGACGAUGACGACCAGGUAGCCUUCUCCUUCAUCCUGGACAACAUCGUCACUCAGAAGAUGAUGGCCGUGCCUGAUUCUUGGCCGUUCCACCAUCCAGUCAACAAGAAGUUUGUUCCAGAUUACUACAAAGUGAUAGUCCAACCCAUGGACCUGGAGAAUGUCCGCAAGAACAUAUCCAAACACAAGUACCAGAAUCGAGAUGUGUUCCUGUUUGACGUCAGCCUGGUCCACACCAACAGUGUCAAGUACAACGGUCCAGACAGUCCUUACACCAAGACGGCCCUGGAGAUAGUCAACGUGUGCAAGCAGACUCUGGCAGAGUAUGAUGAGCACCUGACCCAGCUGGAGAAGGACAUCUCCACAGCUAAAGAGGCAGCUCUGGAUGCAGCAGACCUGGAUUGCCUGGACCCCAUGACUCCUGGAACCUACACAUCACAGCCUGCCGAUGUGUUUGACAGCAGUGCCUCUGUGAGCCUGCACAGAGAGCCCAGACUCUUCUCUGAGGUUAAGGCAUCUCUUAUGGCUGUUCCAGAGAAGAGGGGGUUAGGGAAGGGUCGUCAUAGAAGACUAGGAGAGGAGGAGUCAGACGUGGACAUCGAGGGCUUCGAGGAGGAGGAGUAUGACUGCAAGCCCAAGACACCAGCUCCUGCUGAGGAUGGUGAGGGAGACCUGGAGGAUGAGGAUGAUGAAGAGGAGAUGCUGUUGCCGCCGCCCCGCAGACGACUGCAAGGCCACAAUGAUGAUGAUUAUGACGAGGAUGAAGGCUCCAGUCGGCCAGCCCAGGCCAGCGUGCUGUACCAGGACCUGCUCAUGUCAGACGGAGAGGAUGACGCCAGCGAAGAGGAGGGAGACAACCCGUUCUCCUCGAUCCACCUGUCAGAGAGUGGCAGUGACUCAGACAGAGAGGUGGAAGUGCAUCCCCUGCCCCCUCCCAGACCCCACCAAGAGACAGCCCGCAUGGGCCUGGAGCAGGACGACAGCAUGAUGUCAUACGGGGAAGAUGUGCCGGAUGAGACCCACCUGGAGGACAGUAAUGUCAGUUAUGGGAGCUAUGAGGAGCCGGAGGGUCAGACCCAGACCCAGACCUCCAGCAUGGGCAAUGGAGAGGGCUACGGCAUGAGUGAGGAAGAGGAGGAAGAUAAAGAGGCAGCUCGGAGGAGGGGUCCCAGUGUACUUUCCCAGGUGCAGCUGAGUGAGGAUGAGGAGGACAGUGAAGAGUUCCGGUCCAUCGGGGGUGACAGUGACAUAGACUCAGACAACUAGAGAAGUGUUCCACCACACACACACACACACACUUAAAGAUGCAAAUGUGCUCUACAAUCAUUAUAACAGACAGAUCCACAUCCAUACACAUGAGUUCAGGCUCACUAAAUGAAUACACCUUAAACUUGCAGGCUGAAUUACAUGCACGUACUGUCAUCAUAACUUUAUCUCAUGUCAGUCAAUCCCCCAAUGAUAGUUAAGACUGUUUUCUGUCCGGUCAUUACCACACCUAUGAAGUCUCUAUGAUAAACUCCUGUGAGAUCAAUAUUGUACAAAAUGUUCAAUCAAACUGAAGUGAGCUUGUUUAUCUAUAAUGGCAGGAUUAAAUUGGAGUUGAUGCUUUAAGUCAAUGUUUUCUACUGGUUAUGCUCUUUUCAGUGUACCGACACAUGUAUAUAUUUUUUUUUACAAUUGAAUAACGUUUUAUUUUAUGGUUGUGUAGAACUUUGGCCAAAAUGAAGAUAUUUGAAUAGUCAGUUUUGACAAUUGUUUGUUUUCAGUGCCACGUCUCAUCUCAACCUUUUGUCUUGAGACACUGGGUUGAGUGAUCGAAAAAUACUGUUAUUCCCCAUUAACUAUUAUGAUUGCAGCCUGGAUUUUCAGGCAUUUGAGAUGUUUCCAGCACUGUUACUAGGAAACUCAAACUUCCAAGGAGAUCCUAAAUAAAAACCAGAGAUAAGACCAUCAUCUUUUCAUUGUUUGUUUUUGGGGAUAAAUGUUAGCUGUAUCUGAUGUAACCACGUUGAAGUUGUCCUUUCGUGUUAUGCUGUGUUGCUUAUCGAAAGUAAGGCACUGUUGAAUACCAAUCUGCACUAACGCAUUAACAAUAAUAUUAAAUGUUAUUACAGAACUCUGUUGUGUGUUAUAUGACCAAGGUGCUUCCUGUUUCCCUGCUUUUUCCUAUUCUGCCAUAACUUACAGGCUUUCCCUCGCUCAUAUCUUAGAACAGUGGUCAUACAAACUGAACAUGAACUCUGCUCCACCGUAAACUCAUUCUGAUUGUAUGGAGUCACGUAGAUAGUGUGUUAAGUAUAAAAUAGUACAGUGCGUGUGUGAAGAUGAAGGGCUAUAGUUUGCUGUGUUUAAUAUUUCUGCCCCCUGUCACAGUUAUUGGACAAACGACACCAGAUCGUGAGUAGCAAUUUUUUUCUGUUGAAAUCUGUAAAGAAAGCCUGUCUUUUAGUAUGAGUAGGAUAUGUAUUACUGUAGCAUUGAAUCAGAUGACAACUCUAAAAUGAACAUGUAAAUAUACUGUAGGUUGUCCUGCUGCUUUUUGAGGUUUUGGGGGGGGGUUAGGCCCUCUGUUUGAAGAUUGUGCUUUUUAUCAAAUUGUGUCUUCAUUUUCUCAUGAUGUUGCUGGGCCAAGUAACUGAAACGUGAUAGUGAUAUGUUUUCUUUUUACAUCCAGCAAGUUGUUUAACAGUAGAUGACUUUGAAGUGUGCACAGGAACUGCAUAUCCAUGCAAUGUUGAGAAAAGCAAAUGCUACUGUAAGGACAAGAAACCUUUCUGUAGGUGUAACAACUACAUAGACAAGUGGUACAUAGGGGAGAAGUGUGACAUUGAGUGGACCAUAUUGAACUUUGCCCUGGUAUCAUCUCUACCAGGACUCGCUCUGGCUGUUAUUGUUGGUGUGAUGGUCCAGUGUGUCCAUUACUUAAGGAAACCAGCAAAGAAACAAAAGGAUCGGACAACGGGUUACACAAACUAUGCAAUGUCACUGACAACAUAUUAUGAAAAUAACCAAGAUGACAUGUUCUCCAACACAGUGUUUGCCGAAUCGGCCAAAGCCUCCCAGUGUCCAGCCCACCCAGGAGAGGUUUCCCAUAUCCAACUUACCCAACCGCCCUUACAGCCUUCAACCAAACGGCAUGCGGCCCACUUUAGACAGAUUGUCUUUGACCAACCCUACAAGCCAGCCAUACAACUACGCUACAGGUAUGACGCAGCCCUUGGGUAACCCCCAUCCCAAGUCUCCAUCGCCAAGGAACCCAUAUGAAGACAGAGCGCCACCUACAGACUGUUAUGAAGACCAGCACAUGAGACCAACACAGCCCCCACCAGGACACAAAGGCAUGAUAAGAGAAUGCAUGUCUGGGUAUCCUGCGCCCAGUUCACCUGCUCCCCUCUAUUCGGCACCGGAGUACAACCCGUUUCCCAGAGCCCAGAUAGGGAGACACUACUGAGGACAAACAGGGGUGACCAUGGCCUGAAUUAGAACGCCACCAAUUUCACUAUCACAAUUCAAAAAAGUUCAACUCGUAUAUAAUUUAAAGUGAGUGGAAAAUGUAAACUUUCAAGGACUUUGUAAACUUUAAUUUAAUGUACUAAAAAAAUGUAUUGUGGCUGGCUGCUAAGUUUUAUGAGUAAUCCACAUUGACUGAUUAUGAAAUUGGCUCAUGUUUUUGCUGUUUUAAGGUUUAUUGUUUGACAAUUUUGUUACAAUUAAAGGCUAUUAUUCCUAGAUUCAAUCCGUAGCGUGGAUCCACACACGCGAUUGAAAUGUAAAGGCAAUGUUCCGAUGUUUCAAUUUCCGGUCGCUUUAACUCUGAUCUCUACACUACAGAUUGAAUCUAGGCCUAAGUAACAGGGUUUGGGUCAAUUCCAAUUUCAUUUGAAAUUCAAAUUCAAUUCUUGAAUUCACUCAUGAAGUGGAGAAUUUAAGUUGAAUUCAAUUCAACAAUCUUCAAGUUUUGGAAUUGGAAUUAGACUGUUUGAAUUGUAAAACAAAAAUGUAGUCUUUGGAAUUUAAUUUAAUUGGAAUUCAAUAUUUGUACAUUUCCGAGUUAGAUUUGGUUUAAAUCAUUUCAACGUACAUUUCUAUAUUUACAGUAUAGCUACACAAAAAAAACAUAUAUGGAAAACCGCUUUGUGUAAACUUAAACGACUAAAACCAAAUCGAAGGUAUGUAGAAAAGAUAAUACCCUAUAAUCUGAGAAUUUUACAAUCAGCAAAAUAAAAGCUAGAUAAUCAGGCACCCUUUAAUUUUAUGUUUGAGGAUAAGAACACGUCAAAAUGUGUAGAAUUGACUGAAAUUAGCUUAAGUGAAAAUUCUCAGCUCCUUGGAAAAAUGUAUAGAAUUGCAAUCUUUUAUUUCAGCGCCAUGGCAAAAUGUGUAGAAUGUGUAGAAUGUGUAGAAUUGCUGGAAAUUAGCUUCUCUCUGCUGUCAAGAUGAUGUUCUAUGUAUAUUUUUUUCACCGCUCAACCCUUAUGGUGGGUCGCAACUCAAGACACCUCAAUUGGUUGGUCAUGAAACAAAAAAGUUGUAUACAAUGGUAAGUCAAGCAACAUCAAUUAAAGAUACUUUCAAAAAGAA